GAGGGGACAACAGAGUAAGGAGAGGCAUGGAUGGACACAACUUUGUGAGUUGCAGCAAGAGUGAGACCAAAACGUAAGAGGACAAUCACUGCCUGGCCAGCAGCAUUUUCUGGUUUUGUUACAUGGGGUUAGAGGUGGGGUUGACCCUGCACGGGUCACCAGUCCAUUGUGUCAAGGCAGUCUAGCACUGAAUCACACUCACACCUAUGAACUACAUCCUCUUUAUUGAUUUUCUCGAUGUCUUUGGACUGUGGGAGUAAACCAGAGUGCCUGGAAGAACUAAUGCAAGCUAGUGGAGAGGUCUUCUCCUAAGCCGACGUUGCUUUGAGCUGGAUUUGGACCUUCUUUCGGGGGAGACUGCUUAUGUGCAACAGGGACAAGAAGACGGAGCAGCAUGGCGGCGUAGUGGCUGAGUGAUCCAACUGUGACAAACACAAGUCAAUGAAUGAAAACAAUACAACCAAUGAUGGACAAGAAAAGUGCGAACGGCUUGCAGACCAAAGUCAGUGAAGGAGAGGUCCAGAGAAAGCAGCUCCCCUACUCAGUAGAAACCCCGUAUGGCUUCCACUUAGAUCUGGAUUUCCUCAAGUAUGUGGAUGAUAUCGAAAAAGGGAACACCAUAAAAAGAGUUCACAUCCAGAGGCGGCUCAAGGGGCCGCCAAAAUUCAGUACCUUACCGAGGAAUUUCAGCCUCCCUGGCCAUGGAGCUCGGCCUGUCCUUAAAGAAAAAGAGAUUGCCUGGACCGGGACCUCAACCUUGGGUCCCAAGCCAAAAUCAAGGUUGACAGAGGUGCAACAGGUUUUAGAUUUUAGGGGAGGUGAAGGAGGCAAUUCCCUCAGGGGUUCAACUGGUCAGGGAUAUGUGUCUCUUAAACCGAAAGAGGAAGGAGGGGUUGGGACACAGGGUGUGGAGGAGAAAGCUCUGGGUCUUCAAGGCCGGCCAAAUCUGCUUCGAGCGUCAAGCAUGCCAGUGACGUUACAGCAAAGGAAAGGUUCUGAUUCCAGCAGUCCGGAUCGUGUCACUGGAACACCAGAGAACGGUUCAACGGAGAACAUGUUCCGAGCCUCACCAGACAUAACCGAGAGAAGAGUCCCUCAUGACAGGAUAGGCCUUCAUCAACAGAUAACAGUAGCACUCAAACGGGUCAGGGAGCUUGAGGAGCAAGUCAAAACUAUCCCAGAACUUAAGGCUCAGAUUGCGUCUUUAAGGUCGGAGAGAGAGCAGCUACUCCGUCAGCUACAAGCACAAGCUCAGGCAUUAGUUUCUGCAUCACCCCCUCUGACGACUUCUGGUUCAGAUACAGAGCGACAGACCCAGUCACAAAGAUCCAAACAGGGUUUUAAUUUACCUUUAGUAACCACAUCCACUGGCGAUGUUGAGGUUUCAGAAGCAGAUUUGCCAAAGCAACCGAAAGAGGUGAAAGAUGCAACAGAAGAAAGUAGAAUUACAGCUCAAAAGGACAAUUGCCAGGAAACUAGCACAGAUUCUUCUGCUCAAGGACGUAGUCAAGAACAGCUAAUAGUCAAAACAGACAGCCAGGAGGUUAAACCACCGAGAAGAAAGGGAGAUGUUUGCAAUAAUCAGGAUGCUAACACAGCAAACAAAGGUACACAUGGUGACCCAAGGGUUGUCCAGGGUUUGAAAGAGCAGCUAAAGAUACUCGAAGACAAGCUGAGUCACGCAAGUCAAGAACUAGAAAGAGCGAAUCAUCUCCUGAAGGAGCAAAUGGCUGAGAACAAGUUAAAAGAAGAUAAGAUACAGCUGUUGAGUGAAGGACUGGCGAUGGAGGUGUGUAGAGAAGCACAAGGCACACCAAGAAGAGAAAGCAUCGAUGCUGGCACAGUGACGGAGAAGGUCGAUUUCACCCAUCGAGAGACAGAGACGGAACCAUGUGGUACAGUCGACCAAGGAACGGACACUGACAGAAUCUGUAUAGAAGUGCGGCUACCUCAACCGGGAGCUGGACUUAUGGAACAAGUGUCAGAAAGUAGUACACUAAGCAUAGCUGAGAGGCAGAUAGACAUCGAGGUGGCUGUUUCAAGUCCACCCAGACCGAGAGCCAACAGCAUGGAGCGAGGCACUGUAACUGAGAGGGUUGCCACUCAGGACCAGACAACUGAGACACCUGUUACAGAAAGAGUAAACCAAGUCACGGAAACAGAAGACGAGACAGUGAACAACCACCCUCAUAGACCGCGGGCUAGCAGCGUAGAUAGAGGGACGGAGACAGAGAGAGUGCGCACCAUGGACAGAGUGACAGAGACAGAGGUUGCCCAGAGAAGCAAUCAGCAGACUGAGACUGAGGUACCGCAUGAUAACAAUCCUGCCAGGGAAACAGUGAGUGAAGAAGUCACAGAAAGUGCACGCAGCCAACAGGUCAAUGUCCAUAAUGUGGUUGGUGAGCAAGAGGAGGGCAAGACAAUGGUGGAGGAGAAUGUUGUUGGUAAAGUUGUGACUGAGAUUUUAGUUGAUGAUAAGGUAAACAUCACUGAUGUUUCAGACACUGCAAAAAUUGAAGAAGGGCAGAGAGACGCAUCUGUAGGUCAGGAUGGUGCAAUAGGUGAUCCCAGAACAGGGCUGACCGACUCAGAAACAAAAGAAAACAUUCCUCCUGAGAGUGUGGUGACAGAACCAGUAGAAAAGAAACCAGUCGAGAGUGAGAUUGUGAGAGCCACCAUUAAAGAGACUGUCGUCACAGACACUGUUGUCAUAACAGCCGAGAGCCCUGCAGUGAAGACGGUUGUUCCAGUUAGACCGCAGAGAGGUCGAAGGCCCUCUGGAGAACAAGGGCCACCAACGCUUGCUCAACCUCAACCUGCCCCUGUGCGUCCACGCAGGGGUUCAAGUGAGAACCAGGGACAGCAGCCAAAGCCAGAGUCAAAAGUCCAGGUGCAGGAACAGAAAGUAUCCCCACAGGCGAAGACUGAAUCCCUGUCUCAGACUGUGGGCGAUAAGUCUCCCGAAAAGAUUGAAAGGCAACCUCCUACUGACAUUGAGAAUAAAAGAGAGAUUCAAACUUUGCCAAAGUCAGUUCAAGCGCAAACCUCGACGACCAGACGGAAUUCAAAGGAACUAAAAGCACUACAGAAGGGAUCAAGUGUAUCACUGCCUUCAAGUCGUGGAUCAGGCGGAAACCAGACUCGCCCUGCACGCCAGGGGUCAAGUGAAGUCCAGCCUCCGACUAGAAGAAAAUCCAGUGAGUCUCAACCACCUACGAGCGAGGCCCAGUCACUACGUAGGGGCUCAAGCGAAGCAGGCCAGCGGCGCGGCUCGGGUGAAUCCCAGGCUUCCCGCCGUGGAUCUGGCGAAUCACCAACCUCCCCAGCGGCUUUGGGCCAAGUUGUAACCCGAUUAACUGGCCUUUUGGGGGAGCAGUGGGCUCAGCUGGGGAGCAGCUCUGGAGUUCAGCAGACAGUGAGCCAGCAGGAGACCCCCGGAGCACAGAAGCAGACGGCUGGGAAAAGAGCAGAGGCAAGCAAAGGGGCAUCGGCCAAGCCUGCGGGGAAAUCUUCGACUGUAGCAUCAGGGAAACCAGCGGGGAAGCCCGGACCCUCAAAAAUGAGCUCCAUUCAGAGUCAACUGGUCAGUUCCCUCAGUGUCCUUUCAGCCUUCUACUCUCCAGCCCAGAAAGCUGCUGCUGCCAACAAACAGCAAGAACAAGGUCUCAAAUCAAUCAUGAAGAAAAAUGGCAGCGCUGACAAGCCGGGCAGCAAGGGAGCCAAGAAAAAUCUGAAGUUUGUUGGCGUGAAUGGAGGCAGGUAUGAAACAACAUCAAGUGAAGAGUCCAGUGGGGAUGAGAAGGCGAUGGUGGCGGCGGAGCAGGAGGAGGACAGCUCAGAGCCAGAGGUGGAGAAGGAGUCGGAGGUGCAGCCAGAAGAAGGAGCAGAGAUGCAGAAGAAGGAGGAAGGAGCUGAGGACGUGAGGGCUGUGGAGAAGGAGAGUGAGAGAGGUCUUCUGGAACCAGAAAGAAGCCAGGAGCUCCUGGAGGAGCUGGCUGAAGGGGGAAAGGUGGACAAAGGUUUCAUCGAUGCCUGCCUCUACGUGAAAGACCGCAUGGAGGAGGUGUCGUCACCUGAUAAGGAGAUGCGUCAGGUUCUCGUGGUCUUGUACCAGGAAUGGUUCAAAGUCUCCAGCCAGAAGGACUCGCAGGCCGACACUGUCCGGCUGUACCUGCGGCAGGUGGGAUUGACCACGCCCACCCUCUUGCCUUACGUGGUCAACUUGACAGAUGGAAACGGGAAUAUGGCUCUCCACUACAGCGUGUCUCAUUCCAACUUCUCUGUGGUGAAGCUGCUGCUGGACACCGGUCUCUGUGAAGCCGACAACAUUAACAAAGCGGGCUACACCCCCGUGAUGCUGGCAGCCUUGACCCCUGCUGACAGUCCUGAUGACCUGGAGGUUGUCCAGCAGCUGCUGAAACUGGGCGACGUCAACGCACGCUCCAGACAGACGGGCCAGACGGCGCUGAUGCUGGCGGUGAGUCACGGACGGCUGGCCAUGGUGAAGCUUCUGCUGAGCUGCGGGGCUGAUGUGAACGCUCAGGAUCGUGAAGGGUCCACGGCGCUGAUGUGUGCCAGCGAACACGGACACACUCACAUUGCAAGUCUGCUGCUGGAGACUGGAUGCUGUGACCUGAGUCUCACGGACCAGAAUGGACAGACAGCUCAAGCAGUUGCAGAAGAAGCCUCCCACCAGGACAUAGUUGACCUUAUGAAGUCCAAUGCCAAGACCCAGGCCUCAUAGAUGACCACUUGCAAGCCUGGUGGGAUUCACGCCUGCCAACCAAAACCGCCUUUCAACAAAGACAAAAUAAGAAAAAAAGCCAGAGAUGGGUGCGAUCUGUUUACCUUCAAUCCGCCUUCGCUCAUUCACAAACCUCUGAGCAACACCGCGGCGUCCAUCUCUCCUCCACACCUCUACCGACAUCAAAAAAAUGCUGCAUUGACCACUCAGUGGACGGACGAGGUGGGUGUUGACGACGACAAAAGGCCUUGACACAUUAAAAAGAAAAAGCAAAAACAAUAUGAGUCACUGAUGAACUGCUGCUUUUUAUCAUCGAACAAUCUCUUGGAAGCAAAAUACUAAAGCACAUGAUCUACCUUUAUAAGUAUGACACAGAUAUAUAUGGCAUUACUUUUUUAUUUUUAUGCCAUCCUCAUACUUAGUUUGGACUGAAGCCAUUCUUGAAAACACAGUAGUCUGUAUAGAGUGUUGCUGUGACAGAUUAUAGUUACUUAUAUACCAACACAACAUCUGUAUUUUGUACCGCUCUUUUAUAUGGUUUGUGUAAAUAUCCUUCAUUAUUGCUCAUCCCUAUAUAUAAAAACAGUAAUCUGUGAAUUUGUUUGAAUGAUGUAGAGUCCACAUGUAGGAGAACUGACUGUGUAUCAUUCAUUUAUUUAACGUUCAACAAAUGAGGAGAGUAAGCAAAAGAAAGAAAGGGUUAAGUUUUACGCUGUGCCGCGAUCCUCAGGCUGUUGAGGUCAAACCUAUAAAUGCAUCUCAUAAAUGCAUGAAAAUAAUGUAAUAUAAUUUCAUGUUUAUUCAAAACUUCCCCCAAAAAGCACAUUGAAAUUGAAUCCUAAUGAUGAUGAGUAUAUAUAUAUAUGUAUAUAUACUCAUCAUCACUACGUGGAUGACUACAAUUUUACUCAUAAAAACAUUUACAAAACAAAAAUCUCCACUCAUACAAUAAGGAAGUUACAGUAAGGCGUUGUCCUGAUGUCAUGUGCAUGACAAUCGACACGCGCAUGCGUCAGUCGGAUCUCUUCUAUUUAAACGAUUGCCGGAAAACUUAUUUUAAAUUGCCUACUCUCACUUGAAUGACUGAUAAAGGGAUGAUACACGAAAUGAUGGGUCUUUUAAAAAUGAUUGUUCUGUUCAGGAGGUGCCGCAUGACACAAUGAUAUCGCCUCCUGCUGGCUGCCCGACAGUGUCUACCACAGAGUUAGUCGGACUACUGCCUUUUCUGAUGUGCCCAUGUACAUAUGAAGUACGUCUUGCUCUCCUGCUCGUUACAAAUCCAAACCAUGUAUGCAACGAAAUGCACAAUGAAUGUGAGGCUGGCUGAUACAUUCCAAAACACUAUAUGUAGCAUGAGAGGACUAACAGUGACUGACUUCCUGGGGUCGAACCGCAGGUUUCAUUCACCGCACACGAAAUGCCCCCUGAACUACUAAUAAAUAUAGCAGGUAUUCAGACGAUGAAAUGGCACAACAUGGUGUUUAAAAGCAAUGGAGGCUUGUUUUUGCAUGACAAUGGAGCAAUACAAAAAGGGUCACAGAUUAGGUCUGGACUGCUCUGUAAUAUGGAUCAGUCAGAUAUUGCAAGAUGUGGUUUUAUUUUAAUAUUUCAGCUGGUCCACUGAGGUAAAAAAAAAAAAAAAAAGUGUAAAUAUUUUAUUUAAUGUCAAAAUGGAUUUAAUCCCAUGAUUUUCAAGCAAUGUGUCAUUGAUUUUGCUUUUAUUUUGUAAACACAUUAUUAUUGACUGAAGUUUCUCUAGUGUGUUUAUUUUUUAGCAAGUUAAAUUGUGAUUUAAUACCCAACUAAUACAUUUAUCAUUUUUAGAAGAUCACAAAUCUUAAAUCUAUUUUUUCCUUCUGAUGUCAAUUAUUCCGUGGAUUUAUUAUCCAAUAAUGCUGAAAGAAGUUCCUGCCAAAAAUGAGAGAUAUUUUAAAAGCCGAAAUAGUGCAGCAUAUUAAGGGGAGAUUUACUGAAAUUGUGAUUUAAUAUUCCUGCUCUUUUCACCUGUUCUUAAAUUAGAAUUUCCUCGCAUAAAAGAAAAAGUUCAAAUAUAGUUAAAAAAUGGCGCAAAUAUAACGUAGUAGGAGGGAGAAGAUCACAGUUCACAGUGAGUGUACUGACUGUGUAAUUCAUCUUUAUGAGACAUGAAUAUGCUGCUGCACGAAAAACCAGUAUGUUGGUCUGAUUUUUCAAUACCACGCAGUUGUUUUGUGAGCCAGACCAUGAGCGAGAGAGAGUGCAGAAAUGUGUUUGAACAGGAAUGGUUUCAAAUGAGCAAAGACCUAUUGUUAUCCUAGAUGAAAGUGUGAUGAGGAGGGGCCACUGUAGAUGCUGUAUGGCUCCUUUAAAAGACACUUACGUGCAUUUCUGACUCACUUGUAUUCACAAACCUUUGGUAAAUCUGCCCUUGAGUGUUGCACAUUUAGAGAACCUUUUCAGUUUAAUCACUUCAGCUUGCCAGAUGAUAAUCCAGGAUUAUGUUGGUGUUGCAUAUAAAUCACCGGAAGCUAAAAUACUCCCAAACGUAUUGAAAGUAUAUUUUUGUAGUUUAGAUUAUUAUAACCUUAAAAGUACUCACGUUGUUGAAUGAUAGAGACAGGCCGUGUUGUGAUACUGCUCCUAUGGAACCAAAAAUGCAGAUAUUUUUCUGGUGCAAAGAAGCACAAGCAUUUAGAUGCAUCUCUUGAGAAUGAAAUCAAAAUACCAGACUGCAUCAUUUAACCUUUAAGACAAAGCAGGAUAAAAAUAAAUCCAUGAUAGCUGCGCCUGCGGUCUGUAGGGAGAUCUCACCCACAAGCGCGACCCAGAUGUGCUGAACUGUUGGGUCGCCAGCCAAGCCAAACACACGUUCUAAUCUUCACCUGUGAAUCCAGCCAAACACCUGUACAUACAGUGUUGUGAAUUGGUAUUGUCUGACAGUUCUGAGAAUUCUAUCAAGUAUUUAUUCCAAAUGAUAUAUUUUUUAUUAAAUAUAUAUUCUAUAUAUAUAUAUAUAUAAAGUAUACUAUGUAUGCAUGGAUACAUAAUCCGGUGACUCCGUCUGCGCGGCGCUGAUUACAUAUGAAGAAGGGUGUUUCCUGAUGAUGUGAUGAUUUGGUGCUUGUGUGAUGUGUCAUGUGACCUUUUAUGCUAAACAUGUGUGAAGGAAAGGACAACAUCCACGAUGAUGAGUAGCUUGUAUAUGACAAAAGAAUACACACCAGUACCUCUCUAUCUAUUCCUUGUACAAUGUUUGAUUCAGGAGAACGACUUCCA